AAUUUUUUAUCUGUUCCACACGUAGUUUCAGAACGGAUGGCAAGCUUCGGUACGGCCGCUAGUAAAUUUCUGGAAAAAACAGCGAUAAAAACCUAAAUAAAGUCAAAUAGUCUAUAAAAAAACAUCCAAACGUUCAACAUUUAUAUCCUCUCCACCGAAAAUGUCCCACACGAUUUUAUUGGUUCAACCUGGGCCUAGGCCUGAAACGAGGACCUAUUCAGACUAUGAGAGCGUCAACGACUGUAUGGAAGGCGUAUGUAAAAUAUACGAGGAGCAUCUGAAAAGACGAAAUCCUAAUACUCCGACUAUCACUUAUGAUAUAUCGCAAUUGUUCGAUUUUAUUGAUCAGCUCGCAGACCUAAGCUGUCUAGUCUACCAGAAAUCCACAAACACGUACGCACCAUACAACAAAGACUGGAUUAAAGAGAAGAUCUACGUCUUACUACGUCAAGCCGCAGGCCAGGGCGAUUAGUUCACAUCAUUCUUUCUAAAACGGAGCACAGACGCAUGGAGUAAGUAUGUAAGUACUGUAGAUAUACUACAAAAACUUAAACAUGUGUCAAACACUUGUCUAAAAAAGUGCGGCUGCAA